AUGACGCCUACUCCACCGUCUGCCACGUCGUCGAGCACCGGCCAAUCCCCCGAUGCGCAGUUCAGAGUUGUCCGUAAGCGCAACCGAGUGCCGCUGUCAUGUGCGCCGUGUAGGCAUCGCAAACUCAAGUGUGACAGAGGCCAUCCAUGCGACAACUGCACCAAAAGAGGCGACGCCUCUUCAUGCUCGUAUGCUUCGCCGGGCAAUCGCAAGAAGUCCCAGGUCAGCCAAAGCUCCUCGAGCUCGCCAGGCGAUAUGCAAAACCGCAUCGAUCGGUUAGAAAAUUUGGUACUCUCGCUUAUGACCAACGGCGCGCAGUCUGCUGGUCCGACCGCCGCGGCCACCGCAGUGGCAGGAAGUUUGAGUGGUAGCUCUGUUGGCGUUCCUCUAGACGUUGAUGGCGAUGACAUGAUAAGCGAAGAGAAUGAGGGUCUCGACGGCGAGGUCGACAAGGUUACGAAGUCGAUAGGUGUCAUGAAAGUCAUGGAUAACAAGGCCCCCAUCUUUGCAUCCGAAGCGCAUUGGUACGCGAUUCUCGGAGAGAUCACAGAAGUGAAGAAUUACUUCAGCGACCACAAGAAACAGUACGACGAUCAACUUCGAAGAUACCAGGCAGCGCAUCCAGACGAUGACCGCCCAGGCACGGCAUUCCUUUUCGGAGCGAACGCCAAGCCUGAUCAAGCGGAAGUCCUGGCUGCUUUCCCUCAGAAGCAAAUUGCUGAUCGACUCAUAACUCGCUACUUCAUCACAUACGAUCCAGCGCUUCAUAUUAUCCACGGCCCAACCUUCCAAAAACAGUACGACAAGCAUUGGCUGAACCCUAAUGAAACACCGAUCAUUUGGAUUGGCAUGGCCUUCGCGAUGAUGUGCAUUGCCCUACAAUCCUAUCAUAGAGCACACGAUGAACCUCCUGAAUACCAUGGCAAGUCGUGGGAACUGUCGGGCGAGUAUAGACGUCUCACCGCGCAGUGUUUGAUCUUAGCCGACGUCACGCAGCCGAUACCUCAUCUGCUAGAGACACUGCUCCUACAUCUAUAUGCCGAAUAUUCACGCAGCUGGGAUGCCGAGACUGGUGUACUCCUCAGUGUGGGUAUCAUCGUCAGACUUGCGCAGAGGAUGGGAUGCCACAGAGACUCCAAGCAUUAUCCCAACAUCUCGGCUUUCACAGGCGAGAUGCGAAGACGUGUUUGGACAGCCAUCCGACAAGCAGAUCUUCUAUUCUCUCAGCAAGCAGGUCUCCCGCCGAUGAUCCGAUCAACCGACACGAAUGCCGAUUUCCCAGCCAAUUUGUACGAUGACGAGUUGUUCGAGGAGAUGAAAGAACUACCACCAUCACGUCCUGUGACCGAGGCUACUCCGGCAUCAUAUAUGAUCGCCAAAGCUCGUCUGGUCUACAUGUUGGGUCGUAUCGUCGAUGAAGCUCAGACUUUGUCCUGCUCUCAUUAUGAUGAGAUAUUGAAGCUCGAUCAGCAGUUGCGGGAGGUUCAGGCAGCAUUACCCUUGCAUCUGAAGAUGCGGUCAAUGCAGGAGUCCUCCCGUGAUGACGCGAGCCUGAUCAUGCAGCGGUAUAACCUAGACCUACUGUUCCUAAGAAGUCAAUGUGUCUUGCAUCGCAAGUUUCUUCCUCAGGGCCGCUACAAUCUUCGCCCCUCUUAUUCUCGCCGAACGUGUAUCGAGGCUUGCAUGACCAUGCUUCAGCAUCAGUCUACGCUUCGGAACGAGUCCCAGCCGGGUGGACGUUUACGCAGCGUCAAGUGGUUCAUCUCAUCGCUCACCGUACACGAUUUCCUUCUGGCCGCGAUGACCGUCUGUCUGGAACUCUACCACUCCGCAGAAGCGGAGCGUACCCAUCGGUCCGUUCCACCCGAAAUCCUAGCAUGGACGCAGGAUCGACGCGAUAGCAUGGUGGCGGCGAUCGAGACCUCUGUCGUUAUCUGGGAAGACCUGCGAGAUCACUCUAUGGAGGCGUACAAGGCGCAUGCUACGCUCAGCUACAUGCUUAGCAGGCUCAAGACCCAUCAGCAACAUCAACAAGCCCAGCAGAAGUUCGGUACGGCCUUCCCAAGGAAUGGUAUGGCAGAAGACCCAGACGUCGCGCCCGAGCAUUCCGCAGCUAUGACCCUAGGCAUGCUAAGCACCGGCGCGCUGAACCCGCACACGCCAAGCAUGUACGACAUGAAGCCGCCCUACUCCAACUUCACCCCCGACGUCUCCCAGCCUCUGCAAUCUACGGGCUUGACAUCACAGUACUCGGAUACCCUCGGCACCGGAGAACAAUCAGGGGUCACCUCAACCGCUAGCCCCUACUUCUCGACCUUAUUCGGCCCGAACCUAGGAUUCCAGUCAAUGGAUCUGCCAUCAGCAAACCUCGACUGGGAAGUCUGGGAUUCCUACAUCCAGGGUACGGCCAAUGACCCUACGAACCAGAUGUGGGAUCUUCCCUCAAAUGUGCCGGACGGCCAAAUAAAUAGCUUUGGCCAGCCGCAGCCGCAGAUGUCGCAGCCGGUGCAGCAGCAGCAGCAGUCACCUAUGAAUCUUCCGUGGGCCAACGCCGGAGGUGUCUUUAUGGGCGUGGGUACUCCGCCGAGGAAUUCGAUGAUGUGA